ACAAUUCCUUUUUGGCCGUAAUUUCAGCUGAAAUUUUCCAAUGAAAAUUGAAAAUGUUCAAACUUAGUUCAACACAAAAACAUAUUCUUCACUGCUUAUUACUGUUUUCCAUCAUUAUUUAUUUUGAAAUACAAAGUGGUGCAUUAAAAUUAUGGUACAACGAUGAUGAUAUUGGUGGUGAAUUUGAUCCAUUCAUUCGAUAUGGACGAUAUUUAGCAUGGUUUCUUUAUAUAUUUCGCCUGUUAACAUUACUGCCAUUACCGCAAGUAUUAUUUAAUUUUUUCGGUCUAAUUUGUUUCAAUGCUUUUCCGGAUGAACCACGUUUGGAAAAAAUUCCAUUAAUAAUGCCAUUUAUUUGUAUACGAACUGUAACACGUGGUGAUUAUCCAGAAUUGGUUAAUAAAAAUGUUGAACGAAAUCUUAAUCUUUGUUUGGAUAAAGGUUUGGAAAAUUUUAUUAUUGAAAUUGUUUCGGAUAAAUUGUUUGAUGUGCCUAAAAAUCCCCGAAUACGUUUGACUGUUGUUCCAUCCGACUAUCAAACGAAAUCUGGUGCUUUAUUCAAAGCACGUGCCUUACAAUAUUGUCUUGAAGAUAAUGUCAAUCGUUUGAAUGAUAAUGAUUGGAUUGUACAUUUAGAUGAAGAAACAUUAUUAACAUCAGGUUCAAUAGCCGGUAUUGUUCAAUUUGUUUGUGAUGGUAAAUAUCAAUUCGGACAAGGUUUAAUAACAUAUGCAAAUGAAGAGGUGGUAAAUUGGCUGACCACACUGUCGGAUGCAUUUCGUGUUGCUGAAGAUAUGGGAAAAUUACGGUUUCAAUUUUAUAUAUUUCAUAAACCAAUUUUCAGUUGGAAAGGUUCCUAUGUUGUAACAUUAUGUCGUGCUGAACGUGAUGUUAGCUUUGAUAAUGGACCUGAUGGUUCAAUAGCUGAAGAUUGUUAUUUUUCAAUGAUUGCCUUUAAAAAAGGUUAUACAUUUAAUUUUAUUGAAGGUGAAAUGUGGGAAAAAUCACCAUUUACAUUAAUGGAUUGUUUACAACAACGUAAACGUUGGCUGCAAGGAAUAUUUUUAGUUGUUCAUUCACCAAAUAUACCAUUGAAGAUAAAAUUCUUCCUAACAAUGUCAUUAUAUGCAUGGGCAACAUUACCAUUAUCGUUGGCUAAUCUAGUAUUUGCCUUAGUUUAUCCAUUACCAGCAAGUGAUUGGUGUAAUUUUAUAUCAACAUUUGUUGGUGCAUUAACAUUUUAUCUGUAUAUUUUUGGUGUAUUUAAAUCAUUUAAAAUUGAAAAAAUUGGUUAUUGUAAAUAUUCGGUAAUAAUGGCUGCUGCAUUUUUAACAAUACCAUUGAAAGCAUUAAUUGAAAUUAUAGCCGUUAUAUGGGGAUUAUUAACAAAUAAACAUCGAUUUUUUGUUGUACAAAAACAAAUCCAAUCACCACUGAAAGAUUCAUCAUCAUCAACAAAAGAAUUUAUCAAUGGAAAACUUGUUGAACAAGUUUAAAAUGUCAGAAUUUAGUCAAUUUGAAAUUUCGAAAAU